GGUGAAUUAGCUUAUGUUUUGUGGGAAAGAGGGAUGCGAAAAGAGCGGACUCGGGAGCAUCAAAUCCCUGGUUUGACUGACUCGGGGAGGAAAAAGGAAGGGCUUUUGCUUGAUCAACUGGAAAAUUCCUUUUUCCAGAGUUGAAGAUGGAAUUGGAACCAGAGACGCAGCAGUGCACAUAGCUCUAUUAUCUUGAUUUAAUUAAUCGCGGCCUUUUGUAAUUUAAUUGCCCAUUGCCCUUGUCCCUUCCGUCUCUCGCAGUUGAGCUCCGCGGGCUUCUUUUCCUUCUCGCAAGCAAGGCGAAAUCUUUCCCUUUUUCUGUCCAUUUCUGGCUUGAACACGGGCGUCGAUAUCCCAUUUUGAUUGCUUCCGUCGAUUUGUCUCUGCGAAAGAUCGCUUGGGGAUCGAUUCCGGCAGCUUAAAAAGUUUCACACUUCAGCUGCAAAAAUCCGAUCUUUUUUUCUCCUCCGGCGAUUCGAUGAAGUUUUUCUGUGCACUUGUAAAUCUGUGAUUCUUCUUCUUCCGUGUGAAGUCAGUGUUGUAGGAUGAUCACCGGAGGAAGAGGAGUAGCGUAUCGGAAAAGAGUCGCCUUUGUUCCCUUCGAGUUAUCUCGAGCCAUGGAGAGCAGCAGCUUCGCCCUCUUCUUCGUCACGAGCUUACUCGCUUUGCCUACUGCCAUGGCGACACCGGAGGAGGCCUCUGCUUUGAUCCAAUUCAAGCUCAACUCCGUUGCUUCCGAUCCUAACAACUUUCUGCAGAGCUGGAAUUUGUCCUCCUCUGAUUCGAGCGGCAGCCCCUGUUCCUGGACGGGGGUCGUCUGCUCGACGUCCGACGGCCGUGUUGGCGGCCUCAAUCUCAACGGCAUGGGCCUCAGUGGCCGUCUCAGACUCGAUCAUCUUAUGGUGCUCACCGCGCUUCGCGAUGUCAAUCUUCGGGGGAAUUCCUUCCACGGCAACCUCUCCUACGUCAGCGACGCCGCCGCCGCCUCCCAAAACUGCGGUUUUGAGACGGUGGACAUUUCGUCGAACGCCUUGAACGCGACGGUCCCCUCCGGGUUCUUGACCUCCUGCCGGAGUUUGGUUUCUCUCAAUCUAUCAAGGAACGCAAUCGCCGGAGGCAUUUAUCCCUUCGGCGCUUCCAUCCGUGUGCUGGACUUGUCUCGUAACCACAUAUCCGACUCCGGGCUGCUCAACUACUCCCUCACGAGCUGCGGCGCUCUCAGUUUUCUCAACUUCUCCGCCAACAAGCUCGUUGCGAGGCUGGGCUCCCUGCCGUCGUGCUCCAACCUCACCACCGUCGACCUCUCCUACAACAAUCUCUCCGGCGACUUCUCAAGCUUCUAUUUUGGGGCCUGCGGCAACAUCACGGUGCUCGAUUUGUCCUACGCCAGCCUCGGCGGCGCCGGGCUUCCCCUGAGCCUGACCAACUGCAGGCAGCUCGCCGACCUCGACCUCUCCGGAAAUGACUUCACCGGACACAUUCCAUCCUUUCUGGGAAAAUUUUCAAAUUUGCGGCGAUUGUCGAUGGCAAAUAACCAAUUUGGGGGCGACAUCCCGCCUGAGCUUGGCCACACAUGUGGGACUCUGGUGGAGCUCAACCUCUCCGGAAACAACCUCACCGGCGUCCUCCCUUCCACCUUCAUUUCAUGCGCAUCGCUGAUGCGGCUCGAUCUCGGAGACAAUCAGCUCUCCGGAAAUUUCAUCGAGCAAGUCAUUAGCACUAUGCCUGCUCUGCGGUAUCUCCACCUUCCCUUCAACAAUAUCACCGGCCCCGUUCCAUUAGAGGCAUUGACAAGCUUCCCGCUGCUUGAGGUUGUGGAUCUCGGUUCGAAUGCCUUCACCGGCGAAAUACCCGAUGGGCUCUGCUCAUCUCUCCCUAAUCUCGAGAGCAUCUUCCUGCCCAACAAUUUCCUCUCAGGAACGUUGCCUGUGGAUCUUGCAAACUGUACAAAUCUUCGAAUGCUUGAUCUUAGCUUCAACGGGUUGAGUGGGCCUAUUCCACUGGGGAUCUGGUCCCUGCCGAAGCUUAUGGAUUUGGUGAUCUGGGCAAACAAUCUCUCCGGCGAGAUACCUGAUAGCCUCUGCUCGAACAGUACCACGAUGGAGACUUUAAUUCUGAGCUACAACACCAUUCAUGGCGGCAUCCCGCCCUCAUUCUCUAAUUGCGUGAAUCUUAUUUGGGUCUCUCUCUCAGGAAACCUGCUCACAGGAAGCAUUCCGGUCGGUAUUGGAAAUCUCCAAAGCCUGGCUAUCCUCCAACUGGGCAACAACUCGCUUUCAGGCGAGAUACCGGAAGGACUUGGUAGCUGCCGGAAUCUCAUAUGGCUCGACCUCACCAGCAAUGACCUUACUGGUUCCAUUCCCCCAUCCCUUGCAGCUCAAGCUGGGCUUGUAGUCCCUGGAAUUGUCUCCGGUAAGCAAUUCGCAUUCUUGAGGAAUGAGGCAGGGAACAUAUGCCCGGGUGCUGGUGUGCUAUUCGAAUUCGAGGGCAUAAGGCCAGAGAGACUGGCCAAUUUUCCUCUAGUUCAUUCUUGCCCUGCCACUAGAAUUUACACUGGAACAACAGUCUACACUUUUGCAAGCAAUGGGAGCAUGAUCUACCUGGACCUAUCGUACAAUUCACUCUCAGGGACGAUACCGGACGGCAUCGGGUUCAUGGAAUACCUUCAAGUUCUCAACAUCGGACACAAUCAGCUGAUCGGUUCACUGCCUGAUUCUUUCGGUGGCUUGAAAUUCAUUGGUGUUCUUGAUGUCUCCAACAAUCAUCUCACAGGCUACCUCCCCGGGGGACUAGGAAGUCUUACAUUUCUAAGCGACUUGGAUGUCUCAAACAACAACCUCAGUGGUCCAAUUCCAACCACCGGCCAGCUCACCACAUUCCCAGCAUCUCGCUAUGCAAACAACUCCGGUCUGUGCGGGCUACCUUUGCCCCCGUGUGGGGCUAAAGGCGGAGGCCACGACUUGUUCCAUGAUUCGGGUGGGAGGAGGAGAGUCUUUGGUGGCAGCAUUUUCAUUGGCAUUCUGAUAUCGGUGCUGAUCAUAUUUUUGUUCUUAUUGGCUCUAUAUAAGAUGAAGAAGUGCCAAAAAGCUGAGAAUUUGAGAUUCAGCAAUGUCGAUAGUCUCCCCACAUCCGGGACAAAUAGCUGGAAGCUCUCUGGUGUUCCUGAGCCUCUCAGUAUCAAUGUUGCCACAUUUGAGAAGCCUCUGAGGAAGCUAACAUUUGCACACCUCCUUGAGGCCACCAAUGGCUUCAGCGCCGAUAGCUUGAUCGGUUCGGGUGGCUUUGGAGAGGUUUACAAGGCUCGACUCAAGGAUGGAACUGUGGUUGCGAUCAAGAAGCUGAUUCAUGUCACCGGCCAGGGGGAUCGGGAGUUCACAGCAGAAAUGGAGACAAUUGGCAAAAUUAAGCAUCGGAACCUUGUGCCUCUUCUCGGUUACUGCAAGAUCGGGGAAGAGAGGCUUUUGGUUUACGAAUACAUGAAGUUUGGGAGCUUGGAUGUUCUUCUUCACGAAAAGGUGAAGGGCGGAGCCAUCAAGCUUGAUUGGGCUGUGAGGAAGAAGAUUGCAAUUGGUUCGGCAAGGGGGCUUGCUUUCCUUCAUCAUAAUUGCAUGCCUCAUAUCAUACACAGAGACAUGAAAUCCAGCAAUGUGCUACUGGAUGAGAACAUGGAAGCCCGGGUCUCAGAUUUCGGGAUGGCAAGGCUUAUGAAUGCUCUCGACACUCAUCUUAGCGUGAGCACGCUGGCUGGAACACCCGGUUAUGUGCCGCCGGAGUACUACAUGAGCUUUAGGUGCACGACGAAAGGGGAUGUGUAUAGCUUCGGAGUAGUGCUCUUGGAGCUCCUAUCAGGGAAGAAGCCCAUCGAUCCGUCUGAGUUCGGGGACAACAACCUCGCCGGAUGGGCUAAGCAAUUGGUGAAAGAGAGCAGGUACAGUGAAAUCUUUGAUCCUGAUUUGAUGAAGACAAACUCUGAAGUGGCUGAGCUAUUCAGAUAUCUGAAUAUUGCCUGCCUGUGCUUGGAUGAUCGACCGCCGAAAAGACCCACAAUGAUUCAAGUUAUGGCAAUGUUCAACGAGCUACAAAUCGACACAGACAGCGACUUCCUUGAUGGGAUAGCAAUCGAUCGAGCUACAAUUGAUGAAUCCGGAGAAAGAACACCUUGAUCUGUUUCAGGUUCAGAAAGUAGCAAAUUUUGUUCCAUUGAAGGUGGUCUAACAGCCAUCUUCUAUUGCCAUAGCAAGUUCUGUAUCUGCAUUUUUUUUAAUUAUUGUAAAUAUCACAAGAAUGCUUAAUUAUGCAGGAAAACGAGAUGAAUGAUACGAA